CCGACGCAAACAGCUUGCACAUCCCAAAGGCAGCCCCCUGCUGCAAGUCCUCCUGGGCCUUGGGUCCCAAAACUGCAUGGAUUGUCCUAUAAUCAUGGGAACCCGUUGACUCUUCUGACUUCUGGGCAUCUUGAGUCUUUGGCUCCCAAAGUGCCACUGCACACUUUGGAAAAAGGGGAAGAAGGCAGGCCAUUCUGAGAUCAAUCUUCCUUUCAGUCUGUGGGUUUAGGCUGAGUUUCCAAACGGACGCAUUUGGGGGAAGAAGAGAAGCAUUAAAAUAAAGCAUUAAAACUUCCCUGAGAGACCAAUUGGAGGAUUUCCCACUCUCCUUGAAAUUUUAAGCACGGACAAGCCAUUAUUUUUCCUCUCCGGGAUUUUGGAAUGCUGGGCUCGGUUAAAAUGGAAUCGCACGACAUCUCUGAGUGGACCUCGUACUACAAUGAACCCACAGAGGUAUUUCCUUCCAUCAGCACAAUGGCAUCCAGUUUGGGGCCAAUGAACCCCAUUAAUUCUUAUGUGACCCUCAAUCCGUUGAGUUCUCCCAAUUCUAUAAAUAUGAGUUACCCAAACAGUGGCCUGAGCAGCCCUUCAGUCCCGGGACUGACCAAUGCCAACAGCCCCAUGGGUCUCCCCACAGUGGCGUCUCCGGUCAGCCCAGUGUUGACGCCACUGGGAGCCCAGCCCCCCACUCUCAAUUCACUGUCACCCUACCCAAACGUUGGCCAGCCCAUGGCCCCUCUGGGUUACCCCUCCCCAAACAUGAGCAGGCCCAAGGAGAUCAACAAGUCCUACCGGCGCACGCUGACCCAUGCCAAGCCACCCUAUUCAUACAUCUCCCUCAUAACCAUGGCCAUUCAGCAGGCCCCCAGCAAAAUGCUGACCCUCAACGAGAUCUACCAGUGGAUCAUGGAUCUCUUCCCCUACUAUCGUGAGAACCAGCAACGUUGGCAGAACUCAAUCCGCCAUUCGCUGUCCUUCAACGACUGCUUUGUCAAGGUGGCCCGUUCGCCAGACAAGCCAGGCAAGGGGUCCUACUGGGCCCUUCACCCCAAUUCGGGCAACAUGUUUGAAAAUGGCUGCUACCUGAGACGCCAGAAGCGUUUCAAAAUCGAGGACAAGGCUAAGAAGACCAACUCCAAGGCUUCCCACGCUCGAGAGCAAGCCUCAAAGGUUUCUGAAGGCCUUCAGGAAGGUCAGAGUCCCAACCCUGGUUCAGAAGGAGCCGAGUCCGGCCAUUCAGACACCUCCCAUGGUUCUGAGGAGCAAAGAAGUUUGGUUCAACUUGAUUGUUCAGGCGCUCAGGGCUCCUCCCCCGCGUCUGAGGCCUCCCCAGCUCCCAGCUCCCAAUCUAUGACUAGUCACUACUUUGCCAACUCCAUUACCAACCUAGAUCUUCCGAACGAUCUCAAAAUGGACCCUCAGUUCAACUUCAAUCAUCCUUUUUCCAUCACCAACUUGAUGUCCACUGAGCAAAGCCACAAGAUUGACCUGAAAUCCUACGAGCAGGCUAUGGCAUAUAGCGGCUACAAUUCCCCACACUCGAUGGAAAGUAAACAUACCUACGAGAGCUCCACCUCACUCGGUGAGACCGGUUCCUACUACCAGAGCCUCUAUAGCCGUUCGUUGCUCAAUGCCUCGUAAGGCUGCUGCCCUACCACCAAAUCAAAAGGAAGGACACCGGACAGAUCAGAGAAACUUGGCCAAAUCACCAGGAAGACCAUCCACGAGAUGUUCCCUCCCAUCACCAGCCAGCUACAAUAUGGGUAGAGGAAAGGAGCGUACCGUGAGGCCUGGUCUACCUGAUUCGGAUGAACUUUCCAAAUCUCAUCAUGGUCAAUAAUACCUUCUGCUUCAACAGACUCUUGUGCCCAAAGUAACAGGGAGCAGGGAACAGCCAGAAGAAAAAGAAAAACCCAGCUCCAUGCCUUGCUGCUAUCAAGGGCAGACUGGUUAAGACCAGUGGUGGAUCCUUGUCCACGUUGACAUGGAGGUCAUUGGUCAGCAUGGAUUCCCCAAGGGCAAAACCUCACCAUCUCAGACUGAGGGGCCUCACUCUGAACAUUUCAGUUCUUAGCUAUGAUUUAUCUCUCCAGGAAUGGAGUUAUGGCGAAUGUCCACAUGUAAACGAAGAGAGAAGAGGUUGUGCUGCAGCCUAGGACUUUGCUGUCUCAAUGAAAAUGUUACAGUCAAUGAUUGAAAUUUUGUCUCGGGAUACUCAAAACUGUUUAGGUCAGAAUCAAGCUUGGUGAGGACUUCCAUUGUUACACGUACAGAAAGGGGUUUGGUUACACCAAAGACGAUUACGCCACAGCCUGAAGUGGAACAGGGAAUAUAAUUCAAAUAUAUAUUUUUUUUGUA